AUGCCUCACUCGUUCGGUAUGCGCGCCCGCACGCGCGACAUGUUCAAGCGCGACUUCAAGUCGAAGGGCAUGAUCCCGCUCUCGACGUACCUCAAGGAGUACCGCGUCGGCGACAUUGUCGACAUCAAGGCCAACGCCGCGCAGCAGAAGGGCAUGCCCCACAAGUACUACCACGGCCGCACCGGCGUCGUCUACAACGUCACCCCCUCGGCUGUCGGCGUCAUCGUCUACAAGGUCGUCGGAAACCGCUACCUCGAGAAGCGCGUCAACAUCCGCAUCGAGCACAUCAAGCACUCCAAGUGCCGUGACGACUUCUUGAACCGCGUCAAGUCGAACGCGGCGGCCAAGAAGGAGGCCAAGGCCAAGGGCGAGCACGUCGUUCUCAAGCGUCUCCCCGCCGCUCCCCGCGAGUCGCGCACCGUCAGCACCGAGAACAACGCCCCUCAGACCCUCGCUCCCAUCCCUUACGACACCACCAUCUAA